AAUAAUUCCCUAAAUUAAUUCUCUCUCAUUUUAAGAUGGCCCUGGAGAAGACGAAAUUCCUAAAGAACUCGACCGCUGGAUCAGGCAGCAAGGCCGAGAUCUACGCUUGCGCCCGGAUGAGAGACAGGCUGCUGUGAAACUGGUCAAUAAUCUGAGAAAUGAUUUAGUGAAGUUCUUGAAGGACAAUGAAGAGCAACCUUUUUUUAGUGUCAAAGGGUCACUGGGUGGUUUGCAGGAAAAAGAUAAAUUCUCCAGCAGUUACCCUGGAAUUCCUGGGGGGCAAUGAGGAGGAAGAAAAACUGUCAGUGGAUAUUGUUCCUGCCCUUAAGGUGUCUCAAGGCUGGCCAAAAGCUGCACGAACCGGCCCGGAUGUGGAUAACUGGCUUGGGAAGAAUGUUCGGCGCACAUUUCUUAGACAGCCUUUUUACUUUGUCCCAAAAAGACCCAAAACAAGAAACCUCAGUGAUGUUGAAAAAGAGAGCUGGAGAAUAUCCUUUUCUCAUAUUAAAAAAGAAAUAAUCAGGUACCAUGGCAACAAAAGGACAUGCUGUGAGGGUAAACAAAAUGAAUGCUGCCGAAAACUGUGCUUGCGGCUUCUUAAGUGCCUGUUUGAGGGACUGAAGCAGAGAUACCCCAGUGAACUUGAUGCUCUGUGCUCCUACCAUGGGAAAACUGCCUUCUUUCACAACCUCAGUAAGAGAUUUGAAGACUCACUGUGGACUCCUGGCCAGCUCUCUGUCUGCUUUAUGAAACUUUUGUGUCAAUUUGAGUCAGCUGUAAAUGAUGGCUACCUUCCCCACUUCUUUGUUCCAGACCACGAUCUGUUUUUUUCAUCCAGUUUCCCCAAACGUUCUCUUCUUUUUCUGGGCAAUGCUUUGCGUGAACAAAGGGAGUCAGGCCUUCCUCUUUUACGGGUCCCAGAUCCUGUCCCAGCACUUUGCUAUAGUCCCGCCCUUCAAGUGCAGGCUCAGGAAAAUGCCCUAGAACCAGAAAACUGUGAUAAUGUGAAAACUGGAAGGAGAUUUUUUUCCUCCAGUCCUUCUGACCGGUGCUUUCAUAUUUUGUGCCAUUAUAUAUGCACUUUGUCAAGUAUCAACUUGACAUCUUUAUUUACUGUAGAUGAUAAUGCAAGUUCAUAUCUACUAUGCACAUGUUAUACUUUAAUUAAUUUAAUUUUUCCAAUCACAUGCAUUUUAAGUGUUUUUGAACAACUGACAAGUGAGGGCACAUUGGUGCAGUAUGCAGCACUGUGAUCAGCUCUGUGACCAUUUAUUCUGUAGAGCAUUUAUGAGGUCAGAAACUAAUGUUGGACGAGAAGGCCUGGCUUUCAAUCUCCAGUUCAUCCCAAAGCUGCUCGAUGGGGUUGAGGUCAGGGCUCUGUGCGCUUAAACCAGCCAAGUUCUUCCACUCAUCAAACAAUGUCUUUAUAGUCCUUGCUUGGUGCACUGGUGCACAGUUAUGUUGGAAUAGAAAAAGCCCCUCACCAAACUGGUGCCACAAACCUGGAAGCAUAGCAUUGUCCAGGAAGGCUUGUUAUGCUAAAGUAUUAAAAUAAUUAACACAAAAUAUGAGUUAAGAAAAAAAAACCCUGCACUUUACCUUAAUAAUGAAAUAAUGGAGCAAUAAUGGGGGCUACUGUUUAGGACGACUUUAACAUAAAAACUAACAUAAUCACUGCUCUGUCUGUAAACUGUUUAACAAAGAAUCUCUCUAAUGACACUGGCUUUUGCCUUCUUUUGAGGAUUUUGCGAAAUUGUCAUGUUGCAUUGCCAUCAAUUCCUGCUUUUUGUUUUACCCAAAUGAGGAUGGGUUCCCUGUUGAGUCCGGUUCCUCUCAAGGUUUCUUCCUAUUGCCAUCUCAGGGAGUUUUUUCUUGCCACUGUCACCCUCGGCUUGCUCAUCAGAACUAUCUGACCAUUUUGAUACAUACACAUUCA